CGUGGCGAUGGGCGUGGACGACUUGCCGUGCAGGCAGUGGAUGAGGUGGCAAUGAGGAGCUCCAGGAAGGUCGCCCCAAAGAGCAGGGCCUCUGUGGCCAAAAAGGCCUCGGUUCUCAAAGCUCCGGAGAAAAUAGCCGACGCGACCAUCGGCAAGCGCGUCACCGCGCGGCCCACGGAGGGUGCAGAGCCAGUGCCAGGCGUGGUGCGCUUCGUCGGGGCCACGAAGUUUGCAGAUGGCAUCUGGAUGGGCAUAGAGCUGGAUGAGCCCAAGGGCAAGAACGAUGGCACCGGUCAGUGCGGGGCGAAGAGCAUGAAACUGGAUAUCCCGAGUGUCAAGACUUCUGAGAGUCAUUCUAAUCAGGAGUUCUAUCUCUAG